AUGGCCGAAUCAACCGACAAACCCUCGUCUUCUCAAACUCCGGUGGAAGUCGCAGGAGGAUCUUUUCCUCUAGCUCCUUCUCCAAAAGGCUCUCCGAAGGGAAGCACCACUGAAUCGUCUGUAGGGGCUGAUGUUGAUCCUGUCUCUCUGCAAAUGGUAGAAAUUCCCAUCAACCCUGAGCCGAUCUCCACUGUUCCUCCCCUUGAGAAUGUUCAUUCAAAAAUGGCGCCUGAUUCCUCUGCGAAAGUUGACGAAAAUCUCACGAAGGGGAAAACUUCUCUUCCAAACCCCACUGUUCAUGCAACCUCGGAAAAAUCCACAGGACUUCCAGCUGUUGGUGUUACUCAACAUCAAACUUCACUUCCUACUCCAAGCGGAGAGUCAAUUCCGUCUUCAAAAGAGGAAUCAGCGUAUGCUUCUCCAGAUACCUCUUUGGAGAAAAUUGGGGAAAUUGCCAAAGAGGCCCUGCUUGAUCUUGCUUCACAACCGGGGUCAGAUGUUGAUAAAGCUUCUGCUGUUGCUGAAGAAGAAUGUGUCGCUGGAGAUAUUCCCACAUCCAUGGAUGUUGAUGAUUCUGAAAAAAUUCCUGAUGUUGGUCAGGAUGUUGAUCCAGAAGAAAGCACAGAUGUUAUUGAUGUUGACACCUUUGUCCCUGACAAGAAAAGCCGAAAACGUAAAGCUGGAGUGGCCUCUCUCAGGAGGUCCUCAAGCCGAGAAGACAGUGAUGUGGGUCCAACAUCACAGCCUCCUGUUCUCAAGCCAAAGGUUGAGCAUUCUCCCACCUCAAAGAGCGGAAAGGUAUCCUCUACCUCUCAUACUACCUCCCCUCGCAUCAGCUGCUCUGGAAGCUCCUCUGAAUCAGAGGUUGAGGUUAGUAAGUCAUACUCCACUCGUUUUUACACUCGUGAAGCAAAGAAUGCUCUCAAAGUGUUGGCUGCUAGGAAGUUUCAUAAUGAUAGACGUGCGGAUGAGGAUUUCUUUUCAAAGUAUAGGCUUGAUAUUCUCUUGCAAGAUAGGGGUAUGUGGGGUACGGUUGUAAAUGUUUUUCCCUAUGAUGCUGACAUUGUUAGGGAGUUCUAUGUUAAUCUGAUGACAGAAGCCUUUGACCCAAAAUCUGUCAAAUUUGGGAAAGUAUUUGUUAGGGGUAAGGUCUUUGGUUUCUCCCCAACUGCCAUUAACAAAGCAUGUUUCACUGCGAAUACCAACACUGAUGAUGUUGAGGUUAAUGAUGAUGAGAUGACUAGGGAGUUGACUGGAGGGAAACUUAAGGCUUGGACCUCGAAGUUUGCUGCAUCCACUUUGUCUUGGAAAUAUUCUGUGCUUCACAAGAUUGCCGUUUACAACUGGCUUCCAAGCAAAAACACUACUGCUCUAACCAAGGAACAAGCUGAAUUUAUCUUUAAAGUUGGUAAGCCUCUGGCUUUCAACUUUGGUGAGCAAGUGUUUGCUAACAUCUCUCGUGCAGCCUUUAAAUCCACAGGUGGAAGUAUGCUUCCCUUUCCAAGCCUCAUCUACAAUCUCUUGGUUCAGCAAAAACUUAAGGAGAGAGAGGAAAUUGUGCUUGUUGAAGAGAAGAAUCUACUUGAGUUUUCCAAAACCCUCCUCACUCCUGAUCGUGUCAAAGAUCUUCCCUACGAACCUCCACGUGCUGGUCCUACCUUGUCUUCUCAGCCUGAUGAUGAAGCUGACUCUGCUGAAGCUGAGAUUGACAUGUAUGGUGAAGACGAAGAUGUUGAUCGUGCGACUUCUCCUGAUGUUGCACUUGAUGUUUCCAACAUCAUCUCUGUCAAAGCACAUCUCACUAGAGAAACAUCCACAUCUCGUAAAGGCAAGGAACCAGCUGGAGAUUCAGAAGUAGAGAUUGAUCUUGAUGUUGCAGAGCUCAUCAAGGCCAGAGAGGAUCUUCUCAAGCUCAAAAGACAAGUGCAGUUGAUGGUGGAUCGGACGAUCAAGAUGGGACAGGACAUGCUUGCCCGGGUCGAAACUGCCAAGGAACGUAUGUUUCAGACGUUCUACAGCUCCAAACUCCCUUAUGAAAUUACCAUUCAUCCGCCCGACCCUGUUACAACAAAGGGUAGUGGAAAGCGGUUGAGCUCUACCUAUGAGAAAGAGCUUAACAAGGCAAAGAAGCCAAAGAGACGAUGCAAGAAAUGUGGGCGUUUGGCCAGGCACGAUUCGCGCAACUGCGGGAAGGUUGACGAGGAUGAAAGUGAUGAUGAUUAA